AUGAAACUGCCGGCUGAGGAUAGUGUGUCGAUCAGCGAUAGCUAUCAGGGGUUGCAAGAUAAUGACCACGAUGUGCGGGAGCUUGCACGGUCGCUUACGCGGCAGUCAAAGGACGUUGAGUCAGCUUCGGGGUUGUCUAAAUACUUGACCAAUAUGUCGGAGGUCCCCGGUGUGAUACCAGUGGGGAGAACCGACUUGGCGAAAUUGGACCCCGACUCCGACGAGUUUGAAGCCAAGUUUUGGGUCAAGAAUUUGAAAAAAUUGCAUGAUUUUGAUCGGGAGUACUACAAGCCUUCGAGUUUGGGGGUGGCGUAUCGGAACUUGAGAACGUACGGGCUUGCUAAUGAUACCGAUUACCAGCCCACUGUGACCAAUGCGUUGUGGAAGUUGGCUACCCAGGGGCUCCGGAUGCUCAGAAAGGAGAAGGAAUCCGAGUUGUUCAAUAUUUUGAAACACAUGGAUGCGAUAAUGAAGCCGGGUGAGUUGACGGUGGUCUUGGGCAGACCCGGUAGUGGCUGUUCGACGUUGCUCAAGACCAUCGCAGUUAACACGUAUGGUUUCCAAGUCGCCAAGGAGUCGCAAAUCACCUACGACGGGUUGACCCCGAAAGAGAUCAAGAAAAGCUACAGGGGUGAUGUAAUUUACUCAGCCGAGACAGAUGUCCAUUUCCCGCACUUGACCGUGGGGGACACUUUGGAAUUUGCAGCCAGGUUCUCCACCCCUAAAAACAGGGGCGAGUGCGUCGAUAGAGAAGCCUACGCCAAGCACUUGGCAAGCGUGUAUAUGGCCACGUAUGGGUUGUCACACACAAGACAUACCAUGGUUGGCAGUAACAUUGUACGUGGUGUCUCUGGCGGUGAAAGGAAACGAGUCUCCAUCGCCGAGGUAUCGCUAAGCGGCUCCAAUAUACAAUGCUGGGAUAACGCCACGAGAGGUUUAGACGCAGCCACCGCGUUGGAGUUUAUCAGAGCUUUGAAAACCUCGGCUGUUGUUUUAGAGAAGACCCCCUUGAUUGCCAUUUACCAGUGUUCGCAGGACGCCUAUGACUUGUUCGACAAAGUGGUGGUCCUCUACGAAGGCUACCAGAUCUUUUUCGGUCGAGCAGACCAAGCCAAGCAGUACUUUAUCAACAUGGGAUACCACUGUCCCGAACGACAAACCACGGCCGAUUUCCUCACGUCCAUCACCAACCCAGCGGAGCGCGAGGUGCGCCCCGGAUUCGAGAAAAAGGUGCCGCGUCUCGCACGCGAGUUUGAAUCGUAUUGGAAAAGAUCUCGCGAGUACCAAUCGGUGAUUGAAGAAAUCAAUCAACAUUUCCUUGAGUGUGAACGGCUCCACACCAAGAGCGCCUACCGUGCAUCUCAUGUGGCCAAGCAGGCGAACCGUGUGAUGCCGUCUAGCCCCUAUACCGUCUCCUUCCCCAUGCAGGUCAAGUAUAUAAUGAAACGGAACUGGUUGCGUAUGAAAGGGGACCCCUCAAUACCCAUCUUUUCCGUUUUUGGGCAGUUGGUGAUGGGUCUCAUCUUGUCCUCGGUGUUUUACAAUCUCAAUCAAACCACGCAGUCGUUCUACUAUAGAGGCGCCGGGAUGUUUUUUGCCGUGUUGUACAAUGCAUUCGCGUCGCUUUUGGAGAUCAUGGCUCUUUUCGAAGCCAGACCCAUCGUUGAAAAACACAAGAAAUACGCCCUUUACCGGCCUGCUGCUGACGCACUCGCGAGUAUCGCCACUGAGUUGCCCGUGAAACUAUGCAUGUCAAUCUCGUUCAAUCUCGUUUUCUACUUUAUGGUCAAUUUCAGACGUGACCCCGGCCGGUUCUUUUUUUACUGGCUAAUGUGCAUCUGGUGCACCUUGGUCAUGUCCCACUUGUUCCGCUCAAUUGGUGCCGUCUCGACCUCGCUCGCUGGGGCAAUGACGCCCGCCGUGGUGUUGUUGUUGGCGAUGGUGAUAUACACUGGUUUCGUGAUUCCAACAACGCUAAUGCUAGGUUGGUCAAGAUGGAUCAACUACAUCAACCCCGUGGGCUAUGUCUUUGAAUCACUCAUGUGUAACGAGUUUCACGAUCGUGAGUUUGAGUGUGCAAAUUUCAUCCCUUCUGGUCCAGGAUAUGAGAAUGUGCCCAAUGCGAAUCGAGUCUGCACCGUUGUUGGCGCACGAUCGGGCAGCACUCUAGUUAACGGUACCGAUUACCUAGACGAGCUCUACGGAUAUUCUAACGCCCACAAAUGGCGAAAUUUGGGAAUCACUAUCGGGUUUACGGCGUUUUUCUUGGUCGUAUACAUCUUUCUUACAGAGUACAACAAGGGUGCCAUGCAAAAGGGGGAGAUUGUUUUAUUUUUGAAAGGAUCUUUGAAAAAGCACAAGCGUGAGAAAAGGUCUCACGAUGACGACGAGUCUGGUCAUGGCACCGUUAUCGACGAGAAAGUUUCAUAUGAGACCACAGCUGAAGCCAGUAGGUCCGAGGACAGGACACCUAGCGAUUCGAGCAAUAGGAUGGAAUUAGAUGGCAAUCGCGAGAUUUUCUCCUGGAGGGAUUUGUGCUAUCAGGUUAAAGUCAAGAACGGAGAACGCGUUCUUUUGGAUCACUUGGACGGGUGGGUUAAGCCGGGUCAAGUCACGGCUUUGAUUGGAGCAACUGGUGCUGGUAAGACCACCUUGUUGAACACGUUAUCGGAACGGUUGACGACAGGGGUGAUUACGAAAGGUGUACGAAGGAUCAAUGGCCACGAACUAGAUUCAUCUUUUCAAAGGUCGAUUGGGUACGCGCAGCAGCAGGAUUUGCACUUGCCAGCGUCAACUGUUCGGGAGGCAUUGCGGUUUUCAGCCUAUUUGCGACAGUCAAACAAGGUCCCCAAGAAGGAAAAGGACGCGUACGUGGAGUACAUUAUUGACUUGUUGGAAAUGACUGCAUAUGCCGAUGCCUUGGUUGGAGUCGCAGGCGAAGGUUUGAACGUGGAGCAGAGAAAGAGAUUGACCAUUGGUGUUGAGUUAGUCGCCAAGCCCAAGUUGUUGUUGUUCCUCGAUGAGCCCACUUCCGGUUUGGACUCGCAAACAGCUUGGUCAAUCUGCAAAUUGAUACGUAAAUUGGCAGACCACGGACAGGCCAUCUUGUGCACGAUCCACCAGCCUUCAGCUAUCUUGAUGAAGUAUUUCGAUAGGUUAUUGUUUCUACAGCAGGGUGGCCAGACUGUGUAUUUUGGCGACUUGGGUGACAAUUGCUCGACUUUGAUUGACUACUUUGAGAGCCAUGGAGCUGACCCGUGUCCCCCAGAUGCCAACCCCGCCGAGUGGAUGUUGCAUGUGAUUGGUGCUGCACCAGGGUCCCACGCGAAACAAGACUAUUUCAAAGUGUGGCGAUCGUCUCAAGAAUACCAGGAUGUGCAGAACGAGCUAACACGAAUGGAGACGGAAUUGUCCAAGUUGCCCCGAGACAAUGACCCUGAAAGCAGAUUGAAAUACGCGGCGCCGUUAUGGAAGCAGUAUUUGAUUGUGAGCCAGCGGGUGAUUGUGCAAAACUGGAGAACGCCAGUUUACAUCUACUCCAAAUUGUUCUUGGUCAUCGCGGCCGCCUUGUUUAACGGGUUCUCCUUUUACAAAGCCCAAACUUCCAUCCAAGGCUUGCAAAAUCAAAUGUUCUCCAUCUUUAUGUCAUUUAUUCCCUUCAACACCUUGGUACAGCAGAUGUUACCCUACUUUGUGCGACACCGAGACGUUUACGAAAUCCGCGAAGCUCCCUCCAGAACCUUCAGCUGGGCCGCGUUCAUCACCGGCCAAAUCACGUCGGAGAUACCCUUUCAGAUGGUGCUCGGCACGUUGGGGUUCAUAUGCUGGUACUACCCUGUGGGAUUAUACAAAAACGCCAUCCCUACAAAUGCAGUCAACGAACGAGCAUUUCUCAUGUGGUUGUACAUGACUGCAUUCUACAUCUUUACCUCGACCAUGGGCCAGUUGUGCAUGUCGUUCCUGGAGCACCAGUUGAAUGCAAGCAAUCUCGCGCUGAUGCUCUUUAUGCUAUGUCUCACCUUUUGCGGGGUCUUGGCCACAAAGGACGCCUUGCCCGGGUUUUGGGUGUUUAUGUACUUUUGCAACCCCAUCACGUUUAUGAUCCAGGGGAUCUUGGCGGUGGCGUUAGCCAACACCAACGUGGUGUGCAACGAGGCCGAGUUGGUGCCGUUGGUUCCACCCCAGGGCUAUACGUGCCAACAGUUUAUGGGCCCCUUCAUCGCCAUGUUUGGAGGCUAUCUCGACACUGCGGAUGGAAAUUGCCGAUUCUGUUCCAUGAGCGAAACUAACACGUUCUUGACUUCGGUCAAUGCUGAAUACAGUAAGAGAUGGAGAAACUGGGGCAUUGUGAUUGCGUUCAUCAUGGGCAACAUCGCCUUGACUACGUUUAUGUACUGGCUAGCACGCGUGCCGAAGGGCAACAGGGAAAAAAUCGGCACAACACUGGACAAAAAAACCAGAAUAGAAACGUAA